AUGUCCAAAUACGCGUGGUACACUAGAGUGACUGAUGCUGCUCACCGUCUGACCGUCUUGUCUCUAGUAGGAGGCACCAUGUACAUGGCCGGAGGUCUGGUAUACACUAUGUACAAGAAUGGGACCAAAUACGAGCAGCAAGUGACCCAGAAGGCUGCUGAUUCUGAGACAGAAACCCUACAGUGA